AUGUCUAAUCAACGUUCACAACUGCUUUUCUCAAGUCAAGCAUUAACCACAAUGGAUACAAAUACAAACGUGACUAAUUCACCAUUGGCUUCAGUUAAUCCUACAGCAGUACCUUGUGGUCAAUGUCUUACCACAACAAGUACACAAAAUAUUUUAACUGGACAACAAAAUCAAUCAACUGGACAUAAACCACAAUUAGGUCAUAAUAUAACAGGUUUGCAAAAAUCAAUGCAUACAGUUGUACACACAAGUGGUGUGCCAGCUGUUAUGGAAACUUAUGUACAUGGUAAUCGUGGACUAACUGCUCAUUAUCCUCUAGGAACGAAUACAUUACAUGAAAUACAAGCAAUUCCAAGAGUUGUUGAACAAGUUAACACUACUACUGGUGCCGUGAGUGUUCAACAAUCACAAUUUGGAACAAAUUAUCGACCUGUAUUAAUUGCAAAUACAUCGAUAAAAGGUCAACCUAUACUAGGAAGUAAUAGUUUACCAAAUAAUCAAACAUAUCAGAUGAUUGCUUAUCCACAUCAAGCUUUAAAUAUGGUACAAACACAUGCGAAAAAUGCACAUACACUACCAAUUGGCACUACUAAUACUAUUAUCAGUGCUACAAACAGUGGUAGCAGUCAUAAUAAUUUAAUGUUAGCUGGUGUAAUUGCGCCUGAAUGUUUAACAACUGACUCCAACAAUAAUGCAGCUCGUAUUGCACAACUUCUAGCUCCUUCUGGAACACAUCCUAUUGCAUCUACUGCAACACAUAUUGGUGGUAAUACUCAAUACCUCGUCUAUUAUCCUCAGCAAUCAAGUACUGGAAGUAAAGUUCAAACAAUGGAAUCACCACAAACACUUUCUACCGCAACAACAACACCAACAACAAAUAUUGUUCAUACAACACAAAUGCCUUCAACAAUUAAUGUUGCCAUAGGUACGUUAACAAGUGGACUUUCUACUAGUGGAAUUAUUUAUACAUCUAUUCCUGCUAAUCAUGCAACAUUAAAUUCAUCAAAGUUGAAUUCAUCAACCAUUAUACAAAAUGAAGAUUCAUUUAAUGCUACUAAUACUACCACCAUUAAUACUAAUACUGCUACUACUACUACUACUACUACUCAUGCUACUACUACUACUACUACUACUACUAACACUAAUGUUAAUCAAUCACAACAACCUUAUACAAUUUAUUAUGCUUUACCAACUAAUGAUUUAUUACGUCAGCUUAAAUUAAAUCAUCAAACUAUUCACGUUGAUUCAAAUCUAUCAUCGAGACCACAAAUCAUUCAAACACCAGCUGGUUUAAUGCUUGUUCAAUAUCCUUCACAAUAUCAACAAUGUUCAACAGGUAGUUUAUCACCAAGUACAACCAACACUGGGUUACAUCAUCAUCAUCAGCACCAUCACCAUCAUCACCAACAACAACAACAACAACAACAACAGCAUCAACAAAUACAAAAUGAUCAUACAUUAUUACGUAAUAUGAUGAUGACAUCAGGUACUUUAACUAAGCAUAAUAUACAACAAAUAAGUGUAAUUAAUCCUGGAAUACCUGUUACUGUUUCACUUGCUGGUUCACAUAUAGAUUCAAAUACAUUACCACGUCAUACACGUGUUGAACAUGUGCAAGGAUCAGGAUUAAUUUGUACUUGUCCACCUGAAGUUCAUCAAGCUAUAUUUGAACAACAAAGACUGAAACGUCAACAAAAUCAACCAUCAACAAUGUUAUUGACUGGUAUAUCACAACUGAAUAAAACCAGUACGAUUGUAACAACUACUAUUAAUACUACUUCAACCAUGUCUAAUAACAACAGUAGUCAUACUAAUAGUUCAAUAUUUGAAGUAUCAGAAUUAAUACCAGGUAUUAUGACACGUAACUCACCAAAUGUAACAGCUGUCAAAGAAAAUGGGUUAACAAGAAGUUGUACAGAAAAAUCUUCAGAAGAUGAAUUAAACAAUCAAAAAAAACAUAUUCACCUAUGUCAUCUGACUAAUUGUACUACAUCUGCCAUAUCAAACACAAUAAUAACAGAUACAUUGAAAAGAAAUUUACAACCACAAACUGUUAACAGUAAUCAUAGUAAUAAUAAUAUUAUUAACAUUAACACAACUAAUCACCAACUAUUCGAUGAAAUAACUGAAAAAGAAGCUCAUGUAAAUUACUUGGUCACUUUAUUUCAAGCAUUAAAAAGUUCUGGUGUACAAGCGGAUGCUUUUAGAGAAGCAUUUGAACGUAUUGAUAUGCCAGUGACUCAUUCCAAAGUAUCUUUGAAUUCAAUAGAUCUACAUAAUAAAAAACAAGCCUUAUUAAAGACGAAACUUCACCAAAUUGAAGAGAUGCGUAAAUCAGUAAAAUCCUUUUAUCAAAUAUUCAAUGAAUUCAACAGAAAAUUAACAUUGAAUUUAAAUAAUUGUAACAAAUUGGUUACAAAGUUAUCCAAUCAACACAUAUCAACAAAUCAUACAAUUCUUGAUCCAAAAUUAGAAAUUAUUCAAAAUGAACGAAGAAAUUUAGACCGAUCAUUGCAAGAAAUGCAUAAAAUUAAUACACUUCUAAGUGAACAAUUACAUGAUCUUGAAUGUGUUAUUGAACAAACUGGUAAUGAUGUAUUACAACAUCGUUGUCGAAUCACAUUACCAUAUGUGCAAACACUAGAGAAUAGAUUGGAUGCAAUUAAUUCAACCGUUAGUUUGGCAUGUAGUCAUUAUCCAGAAAUUCAACAAAUAUUGAAUAAUCAUAAAGAAGCGGAAGCAAAAGCUGUUGAAAUUCAAAAAAGAGUACUUGAUGAUCAUUUAUAUCAAUUGAAAGAUGUCAAUGAAAAAUGUAAACGUAUUAAAGGCACAAUACUUACGUUAAAACGCCUUGCAGUUGUAAAUGUACAAAAUCGACAACGUUCAAAUUCCCCCAGACGUUUUACUCAUCUUGGUGGUUUUGUUAAUCGAGCCGCUGCUGAUCGAGGAAGUAUUGAACGUAGUCGAUUAUAUGCUGCUGUACAGAAUAUUCAGCCAGAUUCUGAAAAACGACUACAAGCAAUCAGAAAACAAGAAAUGCUGGCCGUUCAAAAAAGACGCGUCUUCUCCAAUGACAAUAUUUCUCCUAAUAUGUUGUUUACUGCGCUUGCAGAACAAAAAUCCUCACUAAAUAAAAAUACUAUCUCAUUAAUUAUAGAUUCAGACAAAAGUCUAGUACCACAAAAAGAAUCUAAAACAUCAACAAUAAUAACUACAUCCUCUGUUAUAGGUGAUAAUCAAGAUGAAAUAUGCGCUCCAUUAGCUGCUUGUUCGGAUGAUUCGAUUAGUUCAACAAACACUACAAGUACAAUUGAUUCAUCAACUAGUAAUGAAUCGAAUAAAAUGUAUCCAUUAUCUAAAGGUUUUAAUCCAGACACAAUUACAUCAAUGAUGGAUGAAAAUAGUGAUAGUACAUUAGAAAAUGUUCAAUCAAUAACAAUGCCAACAAGUAUUCUUAAAGGUUCUACUUCCAAUCCAUUGCCGAAUUCAAAUUCUCCAAAGCAACGUAUUCGUAUAGGUAGCCGUGGUUCACGUGCUGUUAUGUUCAAUACAACAGUUACUGUAGAUGAUGGUUCUGAAGUAGUUCGUUUAAACUGUACAUUAGAUGAUUCUGAAUUGAGCAAAAAUAAAGUACCACCGACAGAUCGAUCGGAUUCGUCACCAAUGAGUAGACUUGGUGGAAUGUCAGACAGAUUUUCUCGUUCAAAAUCUCCACAUGCUAAUAAAAUUGCCUCACUUAAGUCGGGGUCAUCAACAUCCACUAUGAAAUUUUCUACAACAGCAAGUAAUAAUUCAUCGGAAACAAUGUUCACUUCACAAGCUAAAGGAGAAACAAAGUCAGACACAAAUUUAAGUAAUUUAGAUUUCCCGCAAACAAUUGAAUUUGGUUAUACUGUACCGACACCACCGCCUAGACGAAGCAGUCAAGUUACAGCGACGACGACAACAACAACAACAACAACAACAAUAAAUACAGAUGAAGAAAAUACAUUAAAAUCUACAGUAUGCUCGAAUAGACAAGAAGGAGAUAAGAAUGAUGCAAUUGUAAGUUCUGCUUAUGGAAUUCAGUCUUCACUGUCCAAUAAACAACUUUUUCCAGCUCCUACAAAUACUGAAGCCAAUGAAAGUGUAACAAGUCCAUGUGAAUGA